AUGCAAGCCGAGCGAGCCGGACCCUUGAUGAGCGGGCCAACAGUCGUGCUACAAAAGAGAGGCCGCGGUAGAAGGCCAAAGGGCGCCAAGGGCCAUGUCCUGAGCAGACAAGAACGGUCACAUACUGGCAUGAUCCAAUUCAUCAACGCCACCCUUCACAAUGGACUUGGCGACACAAGCAACAUCAAACUCAUCAGAUCUCAUGCAGCCAAGCAUUCACGUGCCCUUCGACGCGAAACGAAGCAGCAGCAGCAUUCGGCACCGACAACCACUUCUGUAGAGGAUACAGCAUCAGAGCGGAUUCCAGAUGAGGAAGAGGCGGAAGAACCAUAUGUCUCUUUAAAUGAGAACCACAAAAGAAUGUCACAAUUGGGUAUCGGCAGUAGAGCCAGACAUCGCAGACUUGCCCCAAAGCCACAAACGACGGCAUUGCAGAGAAGAACCAGAAGUCGUUCUCCAAGCCCGAUCCAACUAGUUGGAGGUGCUCGCAAGGAUGCCUUCCAGACAUUCGCCCGAUCAAUGUCAGAGGAUGAGCAAUAUCUGUUUGACUUUUCUUACCCACAAGACAUCAAUUAUGUCAUCGAAUAUGGCUACAAAGCAUGCUAUCACAAAGAAGACGAAAAGGUAUUCCAAGCGUCGAUGAGAGACGUUUGGGUGCCAUGGGCCAUGGGUCAACCAAGCUUGAUGGCUGCAAUAUUCCACGUAGCAUGCCGCAAUUAUGCCGCCACAACGAACAACAGCAACUCAAAGAAGUACGCGGUCAAGAAACUCCAAUAUCGCCUCACGUGCCUUGAGAUGGCAAAAGAAGCAAUUUCCUCUCAGGACGUGGCUACUGAUACGACUAUCGCGCUGGCUUUGCUGAUGGCGUCUGAAUCUGUACGUGCUCUUUUCCUGCUUUUAAAGGCUGUUCUGACCCCAGACUGCAGCACUUUGAAGGAGACAUGGAUGCGUUCUUUACCCACGGCAUAG